AUGUUACAUGCCGGAAACGAUCGCAAACCCCUGGAGUGGAUCAGAGCCUUAAGAGAUCGAGGUUUCGAGAAUGCGACCUCACAAACCAGAACCUGGAAUGGAAGCGGAACCAUUUGGCGGAUUGGCUGUCGAGACUUGGAGCUGGUGAACCUCCGACUGCGUCUGAAUGAGGUUGGCAUAAUUACUUGGAAUGCUAUUGAUUCGGAAUUUGUGAUAUCCUGUGAUACAUCGCGUGGUGAGAUAUCGUCGGUCCAAGCGAUCCUGCUCAGUUAUCCUGUUGCUAUUUGUCGUGGUGCAUGUGAACCGAGUGAACAAGAUGCCUCGUCGCUGGUGGAUCCGAUUGAAACAAUCACCGGUUCAACACCCGAAAUAGCUGACGUUUUCCAUGCGUAUCAAAUCGUGCGUAAAAACAACGUUCCAGCGGAGAAUAUAAUUACCUUCGCCUAUGACGAUAUUGCAAACAAUCCCAGAAAUCCGUUUAAAGGCAAAGUGUUCCAUGACUACACGCACGAAGAUAUUUACCAGGGUGUGGAAAUUGACUAUCGUGGAAAAGAUGUCACACGAGAUAACUUCGUGAAAGUUUUGAAAGGCGACGAGAAACUUGCAGCGAAUAAGAAGAAGGUGCUGAAAAGUGGUCCUGAUGACAACGUGUUCAUCUUCUACUCUGGGCAUGGCUUGGUUUCCAGUAUGUCCUUGUUGGCAGAAGAGCUGCAUGCAGUGGAGUUGAACGAUAUCCUCGCCCAUAUUCAUUCAAAAAAAAAGUACAACAAAUUGGUACUGUACAUGGCGGCUUGCUUCGCUGGAUCUAUGUUCCGAGAUAUUCUUCCUCCAAAUAUGGGAAUCUACGUGACAACAGCAUCCAAGGAAGAUGAACUAUCCUGGUCUAUUUUUUGUGAGGACAAGGAUUUUGAUAUUUGUCUAGCGAGCGAAUACGCGUACGUUUGGAUCAGAGAUUCGGAAUACCAUGACUUGAAAACGCGUACACUGGAUCAACAGUACGAGGAGGUAAAAAAAAAGACAGCAUAUAGUCACGUGAUGAAGUACGGUGAGAUGGCGAUAGGAAGUCUCCCAGUUGGAAAAUUCCAAGGACAUUUUGAUCUUUAUAUGCACCGGAAUGACGGGACACUACCAGCGAAUGCUGUAGAUAGAAAACCCUCUUUGGAGGCGCACUUGUUCUCAAAGUCCCGACGGGUUAUGGAGGCCACAACGGACCAAGAUCACCAAACCGCUUGGCGGAAGCUGCGCCGUGCAAUUCAGCGGUCGUUUCAUGGUGCUACCCAAAAAUCCAACGUGGUUCGUUUUGAUGUGCUAGAAGCCUACUAUAGUCUACCUAUACUACCCCAUAACCACUCUUCCCGCUUGCUUCAGCUUGGCCAUAUCGUCAAGGAAACGUUUCGCGACAUCGUCAGGGACGUGAAGUCCCACCAUAAGCCAAAUCUGAAGGGCUUGUCCAAAAGGGAUGAGCUCAUGUGUUUUCAGGCAGUAUUAGAUCAAUUCCGGACGCACUGCUUCACAAUUCAGCAGUUGGACUGGGCCGCCGCGAACGACGACCUUGCAUUGGAAAUCUACACGUCGGCCGACCUCCUGGAGGCUAAGAGGCGGUUCAAGACAACCAGGAUGGUAGCUGGAUCUGCUCCCUCCCUGUUCUUUGCCGACAAUCAGCACACGUUGGGUCCCGAUUUGCGGGCCUGUACCUGGUGUCACGCAACCAGUCGCUUUCCGACCAGUUCGUCAAAAAUGUGCGCCUGGUACCCAAUUGCAGUUGGCAGUGGCAAAUGA